CAAGAUACACGAAUGUGAUUCUGGAAAAAUAAUAAAGAUAUUUUAAUUGCAAGAGGCCCCAGCAGGAAUCAUCUGGUCUGGAUCGGCACAAACAUGGAGAAGGAAAGAGGAAAAAGAAGAGCUGCUUCUGAAAUGCGCCCCCCUGUGGGGUGUAAGAGAAGGAGCACUGAGAGUGUCCUGAUGGAGAGAGCAGACUCCCCUGUACCCAGCAGUGUGAUGCCGUCCCCAUUGUAUGAAUUAUAUUUAUACCAUGAGGGUUUGAUUCCUCUCACUGCCCACAGUGUCCUGAUGAAGAGAGCAGACUCCCCUGUACCCAGCUGUGUUUCCCUGAAGAGUGACAGGUCAAUGGGAAAUCCACCCCACUUCAGUGAGGGACCUUUUCCUACUGAUCAAAGAGACGAAAUGGAAGAAUGCAGUUCAAAUCUACAUGAUAAAUCAGGUUUAUCAUCCAUAUCGAAGUCACUAGAGGAAAAAGCCGUAAAGUUCCUAAAAGAUGAGCUGAAGAAGUUUGUGAGGUAUCUAGAUCAGAAUUACCCAGAAUUCUCUGAGCCUCCGCUUGAGGACGACAAUGACCUAGACAGUGAUGGUCGGAUGCAGAAGAGCUGUGGUAGAGAGGGAGCUCUGAAGAUCACAUUAUACAUCCUGAGGACCAUGAAGCAAAAUGAUCUCGCUGACAUGCUGGAGAAGAGACAGCUCAUGCUGCAAUAUUUGCACAGAAUCAAAAGUAACCUGAAGCAGAAAUGUGAGUGUGUAUUUGAAGGGAAAGCUAAGGAAGGACAGCCAACACUUCUCAGUGAGAUUUACACAGAACUCUACAUAACUGAAGGUGGGACUGGAGGAGUCAAUGAUGAGCAUGAAGUGAGACAGAUUGAAACAGCAUCCAAGAAAAGGCGAACAGAAGAUACUACAGUCAAGUGCAAUGAUAUAUUUAAACCUUUAUGUGGGCGUAAGACACCUAUCAGAACUGUACUCACUAAAGGGGUGGCAGGUAUCGGGAAAACAGUCUCUGUGCAGAAAUUUAUUCUCGACUGGGCAGAAGGAAAAGCAAACCAGAAUGUUCACUUCAUAUUUACUCUUCCUUUCCGGGACCUGAAUUUGAUUAAGAAGGAAUACAGUCUGAUUGAACUGCUUCACCACUUUGUCCCGGAACUGAAAUCAAUUCAAUCCACUGAGCUGUUUAGGUACAAAGUCUUGUUCAUCUUUGAUGGUCUGGAUGAGUGUCGCCUUCCUCUAAAUUUUCAGAACAAUGGGAGCUGGUUGGAUGAAACAAAGAAAACGUCACUGGAUGUGCUGUUGACUAACCUCAUUAAGGGGAAUCUGCUGCAAUCUGCUCUCCUCUGGAUAACCUCCCGGCCAGCAGCAGCCAAUCAGAUACCUCCUGACUGCAUCCACCGAGUGACCGAGAUACGAGGGUUCAGUGAUGCCCAGAAAGAGGAGUAUUUCAGGAGGAGAUUCAGUGAUGAGAGCCUGGCCAGCAGGAUUAUCACACAUGUGAAAUCAUCAAGGAGCCUCUUCAUCAUGUGCCACAUACCUGUGUUCUGCUGGAUUUCAGCCACUGUCCUUGAGAGGCUUUUUAGUGAGACUGACAGGGGAGAAAUUCCAAAGACUCUGACUGAAAUGUACACACACUUCCUGAUCUUUCAGUCGAGUUUGAAAAAUGACAAGUAUAUGAAAAAUGAUGAAACCAAGCAUAUUGAAUACAGCAAUGAAUUCCUUUUGAAACUUGGUAAACUGGCUUUUGACAACCUUGAGAAAGGCAAUCUCAUAUUUUAUGAGCAAGAUCUGACAGAGAAUGGCAUUGAUGUCACUGAAGCUUCAGUUUACUCUGGACUGUGCACAGAAGUCUUUAAAGAGGAAUAUGGGCUGUAUGAGGAGAAGGUGUACUGCUUUGUGCAUCUGAGCAUCCAGGAGUAUCUCGCUGCUUUAUAUGUGUUUCUGUCAAAGAAGACUGUGUUUCUGCUGAAGACUGCAGUGGAUCAGGCAUUAGAGAGCAAGAAUGGACACUUGGACCUCUACCUCCGCUUCCUACUGGGCCUCUCAACAGACUCCAGUAAGACUCUGUUACAAAGGCUACUGGGAAAAACAAAAACCAGCUCACAUAACAUUAAGGAAACAGACCAACACUUACAUCUAUCCAAUAUCUGUACCGACGUGUCCUGUUCAGGGCCAUGGGGGUUCAAAGCUUGUCCCCAAAGCAAUGAGUACAUGGCAGAGAAUUUUUUGAGUUCUGACUCAGAAUCUGACCUAGAAUGGGGUGCCAACCAUUCACCGAGUCAUUACAUCAAGGAGAAAAUAAAGGAGAAUUUAUCUCCAGAAAGGACCAUCAACCUAUUCCACUGUCUGACAGAGCUGGGUGACAAUUCUCUAGUAGAAGAAGUACAAAGAUACCUGAAUUCAGGAAGACUUUCAGCAGAAGACCUCUCACCUGCACAGUACUCAGCUCUGGCCUUUGUGAUGCUGAUGUCAGAUGAGGAGCUGGAUGUGUUUGAUCUGAAGAAAUACAUCAGAUCAGAUAAUCAGCACUGGAGGCUGCUGCCUGUGGUCAAGAACUCCAGGACGGCUCUGCUGAACAGCUGUAAUCUCACAAAGAAAUGCAGUGAGGCGCUGGCUUCAGCUCUCAGAUCAAACUCCUCACCCCUGAGAGAGCUGGACCUGAGUGACAAUGACCUGCAGGAUUCAGGAGUGAAGCUGCUCUCUGCUGUACUGGAGGAUUCACAUUGUAAGCUGGAGAUACUGAGGCUGAACAGCUGUUAUCUCACAGAGAAAUGCUGUGAGGUGCUGGCUUCAGCUCUCAGAUCAAACUCCUCACACCUGAGAGAGCUGGACCUGAGCUACAAUCACACUGGAGACUCAGGAGUGAAGCUGCUCUCUGCUGGACUGGGGGAUUCACACUGUAAGCUGGAGAUACUGAGGCUGAACAGCUGUAACCUCACAGAGAAAUGCUGUGAGGUGCUGGCUUCAGCUCUCAGAUCAACCUCCUCACACCUGAGAAAGCUGGACCUGAGUGACAAUGACCUGCAGGAUUCAGGAGUGAAGCUGCUUUCUGCUGGACUGGGGGAAUCACACUGUAAGCUGGAGAUACUGAGGCUGUCAGGCUGUAGAGUCACAGAAGAAGGCUGUUCUUCCCUGGCUUCAGCUCUGCGGUCAAACCCCUCACACCUGAGAGAGCUGGACCUGAACUACAAUCACCCAGGAGACUCAGGAGUGAAGCUGCUCUCUGCUGUACUGGAGGAUCCCAGCUGUAAACUGGAGAAGCUGAAGCUGAACCGCUGUAAUCUCACAGAGAAAUGCUGUGAGGUGCUGGCUUCAGCUCUCAGAUCAAACUCCUCACGCCUGAGAGAGCUGGACCUGAGUGACAAUAACCUGCAGGAUUUAGGAGUGAAGCUGCUCUCUGCUGGACUGGGGGAUUCACACUGUAAACUGGAGAUACUGAGGCUGUCAGGCUGUAGAGUCACAGAAGAAGGCUGUUCUUCCCUGGCUUCAGCUCUGAGGUCAAACCCCUCACACCUGAGAGAGCUGGACCUGAGCUACAAUCACCCAGGAGACUCAGGAGUGAAGCUGCUCUCUGCUGUACUGGGGGAUUCACACUGUAAGCUGGAGAUACUGAGGCUGAACAGCUGUAAUCUCACAAAGAAAUGCUGUGAGGCGCUGGCUUCAGCUCUCAGAUCAAACUCCUCACAUCUGAGAGAGCUGGACCUGAGUGACAAUGACCUGCAGGAUUCAGGAAUGAAGCUGCUUUCUGCUGGACUGUGGGAUUCACACUGUAAGCUGGAGAUACUGAGGCUGAACAGCUGUAAUCUCACAAAGAAAUGCUGUGAGGCGCUGGCUUCAGCUUUCAGAUCAAACUCCUCACAUCUGAGAGAGCUGGACCUGAGUGACAAUGACCUGCAGGAUUCAGGAGUGAAGCUGCUCUCUGCUGGACUGGGGGAUUCACACUGUAAACUGGAGAUACUGAGGCUGAACAGCUGUAAUCUCACAGAGAAAUGCUGUGAGGCGCUGGCUUCAGCUUUCAGAUCAAACUUCUCACAUCUGAGAGAGCUGGACCUGAGUGACAAUGACCUGCAGGAUUCAGGAGUGAAGCUGCUCUCUGCUGGACUGGGGGAUUCACACUGUAAACUGGAGUUACUGAGGCUGAACAGCUGUAAUCUCACAAAGAAAUGCUGUGAGGCGCUGGCUUCAGCUCUCAGAUCAAACUCCUCACCCCUGAGAGAGCUGGACCUGAGUAACAAUGACCUGCAGGAUUCAGGAAUGAAGCUGCUCUCUGCUGGACUGGGGGAUUCACACUGUAAACUGGAGAUACUGAGGCUGUCAGGCUGUAGAGUCACAGAAGAAGGCUGUUCUUCCCUGGCUUCAGUUCUGAGGUCAAACCCCUCACGCCUGAGAGAGCUGGACCUGAGCUACAAUCACCCAGGAGACUCAGGAGUGAAGCUGCUCUCUGCUGUACUGGAGGAUCCCAGCUGUAAACUGGAGAAGCUGAAGCUGUCAGGCUGUAGAGUCACAGAAGAAGGCUGUUCUUCCCUGGCUUCAGCUCUGAGGUCAAACCCCUCACACCUGAGAGAGCUGGACCUGAGCUACAAUCACCCAGGAGACUCAGGAGUGAAGCUGCUCUCUGCUGUACUGGGGGAUUCACACUGUAAGCUGGAGAUACUGAGGCUGAACCACUGUAAUCUCACAAAGAAAUGCAGUGAGGUGCUGGCUUCAGCUCUCAGAUCAAACUUCUCACACCUGAGAGAGCUGGACCUGAGUGACAAUGACCUGCAGGAUUCAGGAGUGAAGCUGCUCUCUGCUGGACUGGGGGAUUCACACUGUAAACUGGGGAUACUGAGGCUGAACAGCUGUAAUCUCACAAAGAAAUGCUGUGAGGCGCUGGCUUCAGCUCUCAGAUCAAACUCCUCACCCCUGAGAGAGCUGGACCUGAGUGACAAUAACCUGCAGGAUUUAGGAGUGAAGCUGCUCUCUGCUGGACUGGGGGAUUCACACUGUAAACUGGAGAUACUGAGGCUGUCAGGCUGUAGAGUCACAGAAGAAGGCUGUUCUUCCCUGGCUUCAGCUCUGAGGUCAAACCCCUCACACCUGAGAGAGCUGGACCUGAGCUACAAUCACCCAGGAGACUCAGGAGUGAAGCUGCUCUCUGCUGUACUGGGGGAUUCACACUGUAAGCUGGAGAUACUGAGGCUGAACCACUGUAAUCUCACAAAGAAAUGCAGUGAGGUGCUGGCUUCAGCUCUCAGAUCAAACUUCUCACACCUGAGAGAGCUGGACCUGAGUGACAAUGACCUGCAGGAUUCAGGAGUGAAGCUGCUCUCUGCUGGACUGGGGGAUUCACACUGUAAACUGGGGAUACUGAGGCUGAACAGCUGUAAUCUCACAGAGAAAUACUGUGAGGUGCUGGCUUCAGCUCUCAGAUCAAACUCCUCACCCCUGAGAGAGCUGGACCUGAGUCACAAUGACCUGCAGGAUUCAGGAGUGAAGCUGCUCUCUGCUGGACUGGGGGAUUCACACUGUAAACUGGAGUUACUGAGGCUGAACAGCUGUAAUCUCACAGAGAAAUGCUGUGAGGUGCUGGCUUCAGCUCUCAGAUCAAACUCCUCACCCCUGAGAGAGCUGGACCUGAGUAACAAUGACCUGCAGGAUUCAGGAAUGAAGCUGCUCUCUGCUGGACUGGGGGAUUCACACUGUAAACUGGAGAUACUGAGGCUGUCAGGCUGUAGAGUCACAGAAGAAGGCUGUUCUUCCCUGGCUUCAGUUCUGAGGUCAAACCCCUCACGCCUGAGAGAGCUGGACCUGAGCUACAAUCACCCAGGAGACUCAGGAGUGAAGCUGCUCUCUGCUGUACUGGAGGAUCCCAGCUGUAAACUGGAGAAGCUGAAUGUGGACCAUAGUGGACAGUGCAGGACCAGACCAGGCGUACAGAAAUACUCCUGCCAGCUGACGCUGGACCCCAACACAGCACACAGACACCUGUCUCUGUCAGGGGGGAACAGGAAGGUGACACGGGGGGCAGAGGAGCAGCCAUAUCCUGAUCAUCCAGAGAGAUUUGAUCACUGCCCCCAAGUUCUGUGCAGAGAGAGUCUGACUGGCCGCUGUUACUGGGAGGCUGAGUGGGAUGGAGAUGGAGCCUGGAUAGGAGUGACUUAUAAAGGGAUCAGGAGGAAAGGAGGGAGUGACUGUUGGCUUGGAGACAAUGACAAGUCAUGGUGUCUGUGGUGUAAACCUGACAGUUACUCUGUCUGGCACAAUAAUAAACAGACUCUCAUACCCAUACGGCCCUCAGGCUCCCGCAGAGUAGGAGUGUAUCUGGACUGGGGGGCUGGUGCUCUGUCCUUCUACAGAGUCUCCUCUGAUGGACUGACCCUCCUGUACAGACUCACCUCCUCAUUCACUGAGUCCCUCUAUCCAGGGUUUUAUGUUUAUAAAAACUCCUCAGUGUCACUGUGACGUGUUGCUGGUUCUCCUGGCAAAAAGGUCAAAUCUCUGCUUUUUAACCUUUUUAGUACUUUUUACUCUGAAAUGUAUAUUUGACAGAAAUAAGUUUUUCUCUCACUAAAGUGUAACUAACUGUAAUCCUGAUGAGUGGGGGGGGGGCUUUCCCCCUCCCCUGUAUAUGUACAUUUUAUAUAUUUACACCUAUUUACUGUAUUUCCUCCCUGUACAAUGACAAUAAAGACUUUCUGUUCUGUCCUA